UUGCAGCAGGGCCCCGCCCUCCGGCCGGAGGUCUGAGUCGCGCCUGCCCAGUGAGUCCCUCUCUGUCUCUAUUUCUCCUUCACUGUGUCCUGCUGCUGCUGCUGCUGCUGCUGCUGCUGCUGCUAACAACAACUAUAACUCUGCACGCUGCGACACACACAAAGAGACAUGGCAGAGAAAGGAGUAGUGGAUGAGGUGCUGCAGGACAAGACAGGAAAAGGCAAAGAGGCCGAGAACAAAGGCCACUGUGGGACGUGUCAGCACAACGCACCCAAGGGACAUGGCACGAUGUCUGUCCCUCCUCCAUACGCAGACUUGGGGAAAGCUGCCAAAGACAUCUUCAGCAAAGGCUUUGGAUAUGGAGUUGUGAAGCUGGACGUGAAGACCAAGUCCCAGAAUGGUGUUAUGGAGUUCGCCACCUCCGGCUCCAACAACACCGACACGGGGAAGUCCGGAGGCCACCUGGAGACCAAGUACAAAGUGUCUGAGCUGGGCCUCACCUUCAACCAGAAAUGGAACACAGACAAUACUCUCACCGCAGAGGUCACCAUGGAGGACCAGCUGGCUAAGGGCCUGAAGCUCGCUCUUGACGCAUCAUUUGUUCCCAACACUGGGAAGAAGAGUGCCAAACUGAAGACCGGCUACAAGCGUGACUUUGUAAAUAUUGGCUGCGACCUGGACUUCGACGUGGCCGGUCCCACCGUCCACGCCGCCGCCGUGCUGGGCAACAACGAAUGGAUGGCCGGCUGCCAGUUGUCUUUUGACACGGCCAAAUCCAACCUGACCCAAAACAACUUCGCCCUCGGACACAAGAUGGGUGACUUAGAGCUUCACACCCACAUUUAUAACGGCACAGAGUUCGGCGGCUCUGUUUACCAGAAGCUGAACAGCAACUUGGAGACGGCGGUCAACGUGGCGUGGACAGCCGGCAGCAACAACACACGCUUUGGAAUUGCAGCCAAAUACCAGCUGGAUAAGGACACCUACCUGUCUACCAAAGUUAACAACGCCUGCCUCGUUGGAGUUGGAUACACACAAACCCUCAGGCCAGGAGUGAAGAUCACCCUCUCAGGUCAGCUCGACGGGAAGAACGUGAACGGCGGCGGACACAAAGUCGGCUUGGGUUUCGAGCUGGAGGCAUAAAGAUUCAGCGGGAGGACGGACGAGGAAGAGAGGAAAGAAAGCAACACAGGAGGAGAGGAAGAAAGAGUGAAAACACAGCAAAGGUGCACUCAGCGACACAGAAACACAUACAGUAUGAACACAGAUACACACAUUCGUUGGCCUUAUCCCUGAAACCACCAAGCCUCCUCCGAGACCUCCAGUACUGUAGUUUUAAAAGAGUCAAGCAUUGUUAUGUUUCGGUUACUUUUACAUUACUUACAGCUCCCACAACCAACUUAUGAGCAUAUAUAUAUUAUCAAAUCACAAAAAAGAGCCGACUUGUCAGCAGGUAAUUUAUGCAAAAACUCCUGUUCUCCAAAUAAUGGGCUGUCUAUGAGCAGUUUAACCAGACAAAAUGCACUUUUAAUAGAGCAUUUGUGUCUUAAACUUAACUGUUUUCUUUCUGAAAUAAGAUUUGAAGCACUUUGUUAUGUUGAAUGUGUGGUCAGGUUGUUUUUGUUCGGUUAUACUCUGGGUUUUUAGACAUUAAUAAGAUUAUUAGAGGGUGCUUGUUUUGGUAUAUUGUGGUUUUGUUGCAUGCUUUCAAGGCUAGGAGAGACGUUUUUUCUUUUACUUUUCUGUAAACGGAUGCAAUAAAAGCUGGAGAGAAUCAAGCAGAAAAGACAAAGAGCGGCUGAUCUUUCUCAGAUAGAGCGGGCUGACUUUGAUUCCACCAUUUGACCUCAGUAACAGUUUUGAACUGUGAACCUUCAGUUGCCUAAAUCUCUAUUUUUCAGGUCCCGUUUGGUAAAAGGGCCGACGGCAAUUUGAGACUCUCGUGUCACCUCUUUGUCUCGUUUUGUGUCUCUGAACCUGUUCCACGUUCACCACUACAUUUCACUUGAUCUGUUCUGUGCUUUGUAUAGGAGAAUUAGUCAACAUUAAUUAGGACCUCAAACUGAUUUUAUUGAAAUAAAGGAAUAAAUAAUGUUAAACACUA